UCUAACCUAACAAUCCUGAAUAAGCAAUUUACAGCUACAUUGAAUACUCGGAACGAGACCAGUUUGAUAACCAAAACUACUUUUUUCAUUAAAAAAAAAGUGAGAUUCAUUGACCUGCCAACUACAUUGAGUGGAAAAGUCUUGAUAAAUUCUCAGAAAUGAGUAAUAAAUCGACUAAAGAUAAAUUUCCGAACAAUCCAUCAUCAUUGGGGGUUGGAGGUAAGAGAAGGAAAAUUGAUUCACCCUCACAGAAUUCUUCCACCAAGAAGUCCACACUACGAGCCUUAAAUUCCGAGGUAGAUGAAGCCUUAAUGGAGCUUUUGUCUGGCUGCAAUUUGCCAUUCAGUGUGGUAGAGUCAAAAUUUUUCAAACGCUUCGCUAAUCUCCUCAAUCCAUCGUAUAAAAUCCCAUCACGAAAAAAAGUAGCCACCAAGCUCUUGGACGAGUUAUAUGGAAAAAUGAGUAAACAGUUGGAAUGCAGCGUUGAAACAGAUGGUGUGUUAUUAAUCGACGGUUGGAAAAAUUCUUCUGCAAAUACCAAAAAUGUUGUCUGCACAAUCUACACAAGCGAUAAGAGGAGUUAUUUUCUCCAUUCCUGGGAUUUUACAGAGUUGAGUGAAACUGGAGAUGCAUCAGCCGAUGUAAUUGAUGAAGCUGCAAUCAUGGCUAAGGAGAAAUUCAACAUCAACAUCUACGCGGUAGUGUCCGAUAAUGCCUCAUCAAUGAUGCGCAUGGGUCGACUGGUGAACAUUUGGCAUACGACCUGUCACUCUCACAGUGCAAAUUAAUUGUUGAAGUCUCUCGUGACAAAAGAGUUCGCUGAAUCUAUCAAUAAGUUACUGCGAGAAUUCAAGAGCCCUCGAGGAGAGAGAGAAUUGAAGAAACGUGGUGGUACGAGAAUUAUGCUCGCCUGUGAAACACGAUGGUGUACAUAUAGAGAUACCAUGCGUUGCUGUCUCAAAAAUUUACACAUCAUGCGCCAGAUUGUCCACGAGAAGAUCAUCACCCCCAAACCAGAAAACUUGAAGUUAUUGGAAAAUAGUACUUGACGGAAAAUUGCAAGAUUAUGUAGCGCUAUUUGACCCUGUAUGUGAGCUGGUGAACAAAUGCCAGAGGACCGAAACUAACAUCUCAGACGCAGUCGAAUUUUGGAUGACACUUAACAUUCCUACCGAAGAUGAUUCGAUUGAUAAAACUCUAGAAGGUCGAUUGAAUAAAGUUUUACAGCCGAUCGCUUUGGUGGCAAACUAUUUACAUCCCCAAUAUCAAGGGAAACGAUUUGCUCUCUUGCUAUCUUUCAACACGACAGUUUCUAAAUUCUUAAAUGAAGAACUGGUGAAUGAAGGGUCUGAAGAGUUGAAAGGGUUGAGGCAGUUCCAGGACAAGGAAGGGAUUUUUGAUACUCUAUUUAAAAAAGGAGUUAAAUCUCCUCAAACUUUCUGGAGUCUGGUUCACGUGCAUUACCCAGCACUAUCGACUCUAGCAAGAAAAUUACUCAAUAUUCCGAGCUCUUCAGCCCAGAUUGAGCGUCUGUUCUCUAAUUGGGCUUAUAUUCACUCAGACAUUCGGAAUCGUCUCACCGUAGAACGGUCCAUGAAAUUGGUUUCUGUGUAUUAUCAUUUGAAAAUGCAAGAUCCUCGGUGGCGAGAAAUCGACGAAUUUCUGUGCAAAGAUGAUGUCGAAAUGGACUGAUUAAUUGAUAAUGUAGUGUAGAUUUCAUUGUGAGAAUAAUUUUUAUUAGAACUUCUAAACAAAACAUCGUGUCGGUUCCAUGUACUCGAUACAUGAAUAUUGUCAAACAAUCAAUUCUGCUCUUCAUCAAUGAACGGUGUUUAUGAUAAACAAUAUCAAAUCCUCCACUUACGUUUGUUUUAACAUAAAAAAAUCUUAAUUGUACCAACAAGUUUUAUAUAUUGAAAAAACAUUUAGAACAAGAAAAGACAUUGAAUAAUCCACUCCUUAGUAUUUUCCUCGGAAAUAAGCUUCAUCAUGGAAUAAAAAACUGGGAAAAUAACGUAUUCCCUCCUGAGAAUAUCUCGCCAUAACCUUCAGCUUAUUAAACAAAUAGCUAUCCAUAAUCAGUCUAAAUUUCAGAAGACUCGAAUAUUUUCAACGUAAAGUUAAACUGCUUUUGUUUUAAGAAC